CUCGAGUCUCGAGCGAAUCAGUGCGCGUUUCCCUCUGCCAUUUGCGCGUCGGUACGCGGCAGCGGUGUUACCGGAAUCUCCGACGUGUGCUUACCGGUGCGUAGAAGACGCGUAACCGCCGUGUCGGUUGAGGUGUGCUUUCACGAGUUCGUGUGCGGGAACGUGCGUGGAUUACGAUCAAAAUCGAUCGAUAUGGCGGACACGGAGGUCAAGGAAACAAAAGUCACUACUCCUCAGAAGAAGGUAGUGGAAGAGGAAAAGGUGGUACAGGAGGAAAUUGAUGAGGAUUCGAAAGCAUCUGAAAAUGGGGAUACAAAGGAAACCAAAGAGAAUGGCUCGAGCGAGGAGAAGGAGACUGAUGAGAAAGAAGCAGAAUCUACAGAAAACGGAGACUCGACAGAUGCUCCAGCCGACAGUUGCUGCGUAAAGAGGAAAUCAACGGCCGGAGCCGAUGCAGCAGAGGAUGCACAGGAUGGUGCGAGUCCCGAAAAGAAGUCAAGACUCGAGGAGAAGUGCUCCGAAGCCGAGAAUAACGGCGACGCGGAGGAGGCCACGGCCUAAUAUUCUCUCAUGUUUAUUAUUGACAGACAGACCUAAUCUAUAGAUGCAAUUUUAACUAUCGAGUGUGAAGCCAGGGCAGAUCGUCUGUGCAUUUUCAGAGAGAAGAUGGCGAGCAUAAAUGAAAAAAAAGAAGAAAAAA